UAAAGCUGUAUAUCAUCAUUUUCUUUAUUGUAUGUCAUCUAGCCGGCCGUUUGUUAGCGUGAUAGACGUGAUGCAGAAGUCCGAGCGUUUCAUUCUGACGCCAUUCCAAAAGUUUUGCAUCAGAUGGAGCGUGCUUUUCGACUCGUCCUCGGACCGUCUGUCUAGAACCGAAACGGUGCUCAGGUCCGUUCAGUUUUCGACAAUCAUGAUCACGUCGGGGAUGACCAUGACUUCGGUGUUGAUCGCGGACAACAAAAAAGCGCUCGAGUCGUUUACGUACUUCGUGAUAUGCGUGUUCAUGUUGGCCAUCAUCACGUUGGCCAUCCGGACGAAACGUUUCAACCGGACCAUGCUGCUGAUGGUCGAAGACGAAUUCCCUAGCUACAAUAGGCCCAUGCCGGAUGCACUCAAGCGGAAGAUAACGGACAUACGCACGUCUUACGGAGACUUCACGAUGAAAGUAAUCGUCUCGUAUCUAACACUGGUCUUGUUCGAGAUACCAGCCACGGGGAUGGUGCCACUAGCAGCUGCCACUCUUACCGAAGUCAAGUUGGGUUCACAGAGCACACAAAUGGUGGUCCUGUGGUUUCCGGCCGACACUAGUCAGGUCGGGAUGUAUGCGCUUUCUUAUGUGAUACAGUUCUUAAUCGUUGUGACCGUAAAGUUCAUCAUAACCGGCAUCAUGUGUUCGUUUUCGUUCUUCGUCAAUCAAAUGAUAUCUGAGUUCCAGAUACUAUCCGCCUACAUCGAGCACGCCGUCGAGAUCGUCGAGUUCGACCAGUCUGUGGACAAGACCACCGAGCAGAAGCUGUUGGAGCACGUGAAGAGCUGCACGAUGCUUCACGACCGGCUGAUUCACUUCAAGGACCAACUGAACGAGAGCUACGGUUACAUUAUCCUGCUGGAGCUCAUGUUCAGCACUCUCUACUUCUGCCUGUCGGCGUUCAACAUGAUAUUCGUGGGCAACCGGUUCGUCAUGGUCAAAGGUCUGCUGACGCUCUCCAACUACUUAGCCGAACUGUUCAUAUUCUGCAUGUACGGCAGCAUGGUAGAAGACGCUCACAUGGGCCUGCUCAGGGCUUCGUACUCGGCACAGUGGUACGCACAGCCCGUGCGCUUCCGCCAGUCACUGAUGAUGGUCAUGUCCAGGACGCAGACCCCGUUACAGCUGACUGUCGGCAAGGUGUUUAUAGCCAACCUGCCACUCUUCCUGUCCGUACUCAAAGUCUCCUAUUCGGGCGUCAAUGCGCUCAGGGCGGCUAACGCCAAGUAGUGUCAUUGGUUAUACUAUUUCGGAUAUACUAUCAUCUCCCCCUCCCCACACACAUAGUUUUUGGAUGAAAAUCAAUUUUAAAUUGUUUUUUCUAUCUUCACAUGCCUACACUAUACUUUACACAUUAGGACACUGUUCGUUAGAUUCCCGAUUCAAUAAUCUUAGCUAGUACGCGUGGCGAUAGUUGGUGUUUUCAAUGAGGAAAAUUAUAGUGUUAAAAUCAUUAUUUACGGUUCAAGACCCCCAUAAAAUGGGAAUGGCAUGAACACAUCAUAAUAUGCAAUAAUACCGCAGCGUGUGUACAUAUACCCUUUUUUUGAAACAUCGGUAUAAAAUGACGAUGAAUAUCAAAUAUUUAACAACGACUAAAAAUACAAACGAAUUGCAAAAAAAAUAUUUAGUGAGGAAGAAGUUUAAAUAUUAAAUAAUUUUUGUAUUUUUUCUAACCCAGGGAAAAGUCGUUGAACUUAUCAGUUGUAAAAUUAAAUUGUCCAUAGUAAUUAUCUUAGUGUUAUGCAGUGUGCGGGUAUUUUGAGUAAGAACUAUUAGGUUUCGAUGAUUUUAUUUUGUUUGGAUAUUCGUCAAGGGUAUAUUAUAUUUUGGUAAAUAUUGUAUUGAAUAUAUCUGUAACCGGAUGUAGAUGGCAUCGAUGUAUAUUAUUAAACAUAUUGUGUUACUGCACUAUUGUGAAUAUCAUAUUGUAUUUAC